AUGCAGUACAACUACAGCAUGAUGAAGUGCAAUGUGGAGUUGCAUCCUGCGCUUUGCAUCACCUUCGCCGUGGCGGACGCCAACGGCAAGCGGCCUUUUGGAGUGUCGGCGUGGAAGUUUAACUUCCACUUUGAUCCACACAAAGGCUUUUAUGACGAGGACUUCCUGCAGAAGGUUUUCACUCCUACUCAGCUGGCAAGGCAUCGGGAGCAGGGCAUAUACCCAUACCUGUUCGGCGAGGAGGCUUUGGGAACCUCUUUGGUUCUCACGGAGGAGUCGCAGUACAUCCUCUUCAGCUCUGAGAAUCAGAUCAACCAGUCGUCACGCCUCUGGCGCUCGUCGGGGAGUCCUUACGUCGACUGCCGGGAGCGACGGAUGACCUCAGCACCUUCUGGCAAGCGUCCUGGGGUCAUUCCAGGAGCGCCGGGAGCGCCAAGAGAGAUCAUGGUUCCGGCGGAAGUGGUCAGCGGAUUGAUAGGUCGUGGUGGCUCCAUCAUCAAGUCCAUUCGGCAGAGAGCUGGAGGUCAGUGCCGCAUCUCCUUGCUGCAGCCCGAAGUGCCGGGAGGGCCGCAGGUUUGCCGCAUCACCGGUCCGGAGGAGCUCCUCCAACGGGCCGAGGAGCUUGUCCAGAUCAGGCUCAACGAGCUGCUCACGACCCGUGGCAUUCGACCGGCGGGAGGAGCCUGGGCGCCUGCCUACCCGCAG